CCCACCAAUGAGGAGUGUACCGAUGAGACUCGCUAUGAUUUUCCUAUGAACUGGAUUUGCGCUUUCACUCUUUUUUGCUUGUUUUUCAAUUUUUAUUUUCUUGAAAAUUGCUGUUUGCAGACUGAUCGACACUGUAUCGAAAAUGUGAACAGCUUUGUUACUGCUUUUUUGUUCAGCAUGGAAUCCCAACAUACUAUUGGUUACGGCUUCCGGUAUAUGACGGAUAAUUGCCCUCCGGCAUACGUGAUACUUCUGAUUCAAUUAGUAGUUGGCGUGUUUCUCCAAACAGUACUUACCGGCAUCGUUCUUGCCAAAGUACUACGACCAAAGAAACGAAAACAAGAAAUGCGAUUUUCACGCAUGGCUGUCAUCGGGCCGCUGGAUGAGCACGACCGACGGCCAGCACUAAUGAUUCGCUUGGCAGACAUCCAAGAAAAGCUGUUUCUGGCUGAGUCUCAUGUACGGCUGUAUAUGGCCAGCAGGUGCUUUGUAGAAGAAAAAUAUUUCCCGUUUCAGCGUGGAGAUCGAGAAUUAAUAGGGGUAAAGGAUAUGAAUGUUGGUUACGACAGUGGUUGGGAUCGGAUACUUCUUCUCUGGCCCAUAAUUGUAAGGCAUGUAAUCGACGAAUCUAGCCCAUUACAUGGCAUUACAAGGGAAUCACUACACUCGGCAGAAUUCGAAUUAAUAAUGACUGUCGAGGGUAUUGUCGAAGCGACGGGUAUGACAUUUCAAGCCAGAACAUCUUUCCUUCCCAAUGAAAUUCUCUGGGGACACAAGUGA